AUGUCUUUGACUCUUCACAACUCACCUUUCUUUGAAUUGUUCGAUGGUUUUAACAGACAAUUCUCAAGAGGCAAUGAUCUUUUCGACAGUAUGCUUAAAAGUUCCGACUUUCAUAUCGUUCCACCAGUUGAUUUAGUCGAAAAGGAGGAUUCGUUUGUGUUGCAUGCUUCGGUUCCUGGCGCUGCUCCAUCCAACAUCACUGUUGACUUCCACAGAAGCAGCAAUGAAUUGAAGAUCGCUGGUACUAUACCUGAAACAAAACUUGAAAAAAAAGAUGAUGGCAACCGCAAGUAUUAUAGAGAGAUUAAUACCGGGUUAUUUGAAAGAACCAUCAGAUUCGGUAAGGAUACGGUUGAUGAAGCUGGUAUUUCUGCAAAAUACAACAACGGUGUGCUUGAAGUCUUGGUGCCAAAAGUUAAGCCUGUUGUCGCUGAACCAAAGAUCAAAAGAAUUCAAGUCGGAGGUGUUGAGAAGAAAUCAACCGAGGAAUCUGCUUAG